AUGACAGUUGAUCUGGAUGUGGAGGAAUUGUUAAUCAUGGGAGAUUCUAAUUUUAUCAUUCGGCAAGCCCAAGGUGAAUGGAAAACUCGAGACAUCAAGCUUAUCCCUUACAGGCAACAUGUUGAAGAUCUCAGCAAACGGUUCAAGUCCGUCGAGUUUAGGUUUAUUCCUCGAUUCCACAAUGAGUUAGCUGAUGCAUUAGCUACUUUGGCCUCAAUGCUACCCUAUCCGAGAAAUGUCUAUAUUGACCCGCUGGAAAUCCAAAUUCGAGAAAGGCACGAUUAUUGUAAUGCAAUUGAAAUAGAACUAGAUGUUCAGCCAUGGUAUCAUGAUAUCAAAAGAUUUUUGAAAACAAACGAAUAUCUCGAGCAGGCCAGUAGAGAUCAAUAG